AUGGCUGAUACAUCAGAUGAUGAAUUAUUGCAAAUCGACAAUUGUAUUGAUAUUUGGUCAGCAAAAAUGACAAGUUCUAAUGAUUUUCAACGUUUACAUAAUGGUGUAUCAACUAAUCAAGUCAAGAUUAAUAAUCAUAUGAAUGAUCUUGACAAACUCGUACAAAAAUUAGGUACAUCAGAAGAUAGUGAACCAUUACGGGAACGUUAUCAUCGUCUACAAAAUGAAACAAAAUCAUUAAUGCAAGAAAUAAAUCGUGCUCUUGAACAACUUAGAAGCAUUCCUAUAGAAACUGAGGCUGAUCAUAGACGUAGAAAAAAUGUGGUUGAAACUUUACUAAAUCAACAUUUAGCAGCAUUAAAUCGUUUUCAAGAAAUACAACGUAAAGGUGCUAGAAAAGAAAAAGAAAGUCUUGAACGUGCUCGAGCUGUUACAUAUCGACAACAAAGUUUACAUGAAUCACAAGAUAAUGAUCAAUUUAAUUCUUCAAAUACUCAACUUCAACAACAAUCUGUUUUACCAAUGGAACAAGAAGUUAAUUUAAGAGGUUUACAUGAACGUGAUGAACAAUUACGUCAAAUUGAAACAAAUAUUGUUGAAGUGAAUGAACUAUUUAAAGAUGUUGCUAAAAUUGUCCAUGAGCAUGAUGGAAUAAUUGAUACUACUGAACAAUAUAUAUUAGACGCUGAGUCGAAUGUAGGAUCGGCUAAUAAACAAUUAACACAAGCUGUUACUUAUCAGACUUCUGCUCGACAAAAUGAUAUACAGAUAGGAAUUCACAACUAUUAUUUUGCAUGUAUCAAUAUGAUGAUCACUUGGUUCUUCUGUUCUUAA